CCCUGCUGGUCGCUGCUGGCUGGAUGUCGGCGUGCUACGCAGCGCGGCUCAUGGCGAAGGGGGGGCAUGGGGAUCUGGGAAGGGACGAGGGCAGGGGGACGUGGCUGGCUGGGAGUCUGUGAAUCUGCAGCCUAGAGCCUGCCUCACACACACACACACACACACAGACACACACACACACACAUACACACACACACACACAUACAGGAGCAUGAUCUAUCUGUCUGUCUGUAUGUCUGUGUGCUGCUAGUUGUGAAGAGAAUGACUAAGGAGGAUCCUUACCAGGACCACCACCACUCACCAGAUCCCUGGAUGUAAUCUGACCCUGUAUUCUGGGCCUUUGCCUGGUUGGGAAGAAACAGGAAUUUUUUUCCCCCCAGGCAGGGUGGGGUGGAUGGCUUUUUGUGGGUUAGUAGUGUGACUGUGUUUGUUGCAGGAUGGAAGGAAGGAAGGAAAGAAGGUUUGGCUAGUGGCUGGAGAGGGACGGAGGCAAGAGGGUGAUCUCCUCAUCAGAAAAGCAGCAGGACCAUGGGAGAUAUGAAGACGCCAGACUUUGAUGACCUACUGGCGGCCUUCGACAUCCCCGACAUGGUGGAUCCUAAAGCUGCUAUUGAAUCUGGCCAUCACGAUGACCACGACGGACAGCUCAAGCAACCCAGUGGUGUGGUGACUACAAAUGAUGAGGCCCACAAUCCCUCAACAGGAAAUGAUAUUGGUGUUAGUGUCAUUGUCAAGAACAUCCGAAACACAGAUACUAGUGAGCAUGGUGGAACCAUAUCCGAGAAGGAUGGGCAUUUCCACUGCCAUCCCCAACUCCAGUCUGUUGGCACUGGCAAUGGACUUCAUAAUGGCCUAAUGCCCGCAAUAACUCCAGGUAGUCAUUACAGCAAGAAUGGAUGGAAAGCUCCCAGGGAGGACGGACAGACCAACCAAUUAUCUACCUUCAAUCAGUUUAGCCCCAUCUCUAGUGCUGAAGAAUUCGAUGAUGAUGAUAAAAUUGUGGUAGAUGACCCUGUAGACAAGCAGGGAAGUCAGUCAUUCUUGAGGUCCACUACUAUGAGAGAGGACCAGAAUCCCAAAUCUUCAAAGGACAAUGUUUCUAAGCCCAGAGGAAACAGAGACCAAAAACCUGAUCAAAAUAAGAACAACAAUGGCACUCUGGGAGGUUAUAAGUCUAACAACCCCCCUCAAUCAAGUUUACCAGAGGGGGAAUACAAGGAAGCUGUUCUCAAGUCUGAAGGUCAGGAGGCAGGAGAGCCAUCAGGGCUUGUUAAUGUGUCCAGUUUGUGUCAAGUCAAAGCCAAAUCCUCUGCAAAACUUUCAUCUUGUAUAGCAGCUAUUGCAGCCCUCAGUGCCAAAAAGGCUAGUGUUACAGAUUUGGGUGUUGUGGAUUCUCCUACAACAGAGAAAGAACCCAUCCAGGACAAUGAAAUUGCCAGAGCUCCAGAGAAGCCACACGAGCAAGAGUCAGCCCUAGAGUUUGCAAAGAGGCUGCUAACAAGACAACCAGACAGCCCCUCUAGUGUCACAAGUGAGGGUAGCAGCAAAGGUUCCCUUGCCUCAAGCACAGACACCGCUCCCGUCAUCCCAAAAGUCCGGAUCAAAACAAUAAAGACCUCAUCCGGCCAGAUCAAGCGUACUGUCACUCGAGUUCUACCAGAGUUUGAUCCUGAGGGUCUGAAGAAAGGAGAGAAUAGCCAAUCUAUCAUGGCAACUACUAGUGCAAUUUUGCAAUCCCCCACGAGGCACUCUUUGCCAACCACAGUAGUAGCCACCGCUGGAGGCCCUUCAAUUGAAAUAACCAAGCAAAUGACAAUUAAACCUGUGGCGACAGCUUUCCUGCCAGUCUCAGCCGUCAAGACAGCUGGUUCCCAAGUGAUUAACCUGAAACUAGCUAACAACACCACAGUCAAAGCAACAGUCAUCCCUGCUGCAUCAGUGCAAAGUGCCAGCAGUGCUAUCUUGAAAGCUGCUAAUGCUAUCCAGCAACAGACUGUUAUGGUACCUGCCUCCAGUCUGGCUAAUGCCAAACUUGUGCCAAAGACAGUCCAUCUUAGUAACCUCAAUCUUCUGCCUCAGACAGUAUCCUCUGCUGUCUGUGAUCUCCAACAGGCCCUGUCCUCCUCCAAACAAUCACAGCAUCAACAAGUGAAACAGAAGACAAUUCUCGCUGGCCGGGCCUCAAAGAAAGUCUCUAGGGUUCAAGUGUUCGCCAGCUCUCAAAGCUCCGUAGUGGACGCCUUCAAUAAAGUCCUAAGUAGCAUAAAUCCUGUCCCUGUGUACAUCCCAAACCUCUCUCCACCAACCCUAGCUUGUAUCUCUCUACCCUCACGUGGCUACAAGUGCCUUGAGUGUGGAGAUUCAUUUGCCCUUGAGAAGAGCCUGACACAGCACUAUGAACGUCGUAGUGUGCGGAUUGAGGUCACCUGCAACCACUGUUCCAAAAGUUUAGUGUUCUACAACAAAUGCAGCCUCUUGUCUCAUGCCAGGGGCCACAAGGACAAAGGGGUUGUCAUGCAGUGCUCACAUCUAAUCCUAAAACCCAUCCCUGCAGAUCAGAUGAUAACCACAUCUCCGUCAUCAGGCCCACCCAAUACCACUGGCACCACUUGCACCUCCCAAGCACAAGUAACCGCUAGUCAAAUCCCAGGGAGAGUUGUUGGUGGUGGGUCCCAAACUGCAGUGAUUUCAGCUCCAUGCAGUACUCCCCUUGUUGCAGCCAUGCCCUUGGAAGAUGAUGCAUCGAAGCUCUGCAGGCACAGCCUAAAGUGUUUGGAGUGUAACGAAAUGUUCCAGGAUGACAGCUCUCUAGCUAUGCACUAUCAGCAGGCACCGGAGUCCAGUGGACAGAAAACAUGCACCAUCUGCCAAAUGCUUCUGCCAAAUCAGUGCAGCUUUCUGUCACACCAGCGAAUCCACCAGCACAAGUCUCCUUACAUCUGCCCUGAGUGUGGUGCCAGCUGUCGUUCUGUCCACUUCCAGUCACAUGUCACCAAGAACUGCCUGCAUUACACCCGUAGAGUUGGCUACCGCUGUAUCCAUUGUAGUGUGAUCUUCGCUGAUGUUGCAACUGUAAAAUCCCACAUCCAGAGUACUCACUGUGAGGUCUUCUAUAAAUGUCCUCUCUGCCCCAUGGCCUUCAAGUCUGCGCCUGGAACGCACUCUCAUGCACACACACAGCAUCCAGGAAUGAAAGCAGGAGAGCCCAAGUUGAUCUAUAAGUGUUCCAUGUGUGAUACCGUGUUCACUUUGCAGUCCCUGCUCUACACGCACUUCGACCAGCACGUCAUCAAUCAUAAAGUCUCAGUUUUCAAAUGCCCCGACUGCUCGAUGCACUACGCACAGAAACAGCUCAUGUUGGAUCACAUCAAGGCAAUCCAUGGAACCCUGAAGACCAUCGAGGGUCCACCAAACUUAGGCAUCAACCUCCCUCUCAGCACCAAGCCCACUAACUCUAACAGUGCCAACAGCAACAGCCUCAGUAACAAUAAUAACAAAGAUGGAGGAAAUGUCCAUGGUCAAGACAAGGGAGAAAAGAAGCCUUCCCCUUCACUGCUAAAGAAAACAAACAGUAACUGCUCAGCAGACCUCAAGAACCCUUCCGGCUCAGGAUACAUGUGUGGAGACUGCAAUAACCUCUUCAGUUCCAGGGAGGUCUAUGUGGCUCACAUGAGGCGCGAACAUGGCAAGAUACUGAAGAAACACCCAUGCCGACAGUGCGACAAGUCCUUCAGCUCCUCCCACAGUCUUUGCCGACACAACCGUCUCAAACACAAGGGACUGCGAAAGGUCUAUACCUGCCCGCACUGUCCAGCUCACAGUCAGCCGUUCACUAAAAGAGUGCUGCUGGAUCAGCACAUUCAGCUGAUGCAUGGAGUCAAAGACCCAGAGGGGAAGACUGUCAACUCUGAUAAUACAGACGCUUUACCUGACAAGAAAACGACCCUCAGCUCCAAAAGGAAGCCAGAAGAGGAUGAGGGGCCUCCAGGCUUGAACUCCAGGGGCUCUGACUCACAACCAUUGAAAAGGCUCAAGGUGAACAUCCUUAAAGUUCACAAGUGUGCCGUCUGCGGCUUCACCACUGAGGACAUCACAGCUUUCCAUGAGCACAUUCCCCAGCACAAGUCUGAUGGUUCAUCCUUCCAGUGUCAGGAGUGUGGCCUGUGCUACACCUCGCACCGCUCGCUGGCCAGACACCUCUUUAUCGUCCAUCGGCUGAAGGAGCCGCAGGGUCUCGCCCGAUACAAUGGACGGGGCAAGGACGACGACGAGAGUCAGAGAGAGAACCAGCUGGAUGUUACAGAUGAGAACAAUGACGGGACACCAAAUACCAAAUGCAAAGUGUGUGGGAAGAUGUUUGAAACGGAGGGAAACCUGAAUACUCACAUGAGGACACAUGGGAUGGCAUUCAUAAAGUCAAAGAGACUGAGCACAACUGAGAAGUGAGAGGAAAACACUUUUAAACCAUUCCAUCUAAAGCAAACACUGUUGUUUUAAACUUAUACAGUUUGUUAUAUUGCCGCACACAACUUACAGUAAGUUGGCUGAGGUUAUGCUGCAUGUACAUAAUGUACAUGUGUACUACAAUAUGUAUACCGUAUACACACAGAAAUAAGUAAUAUAUGUCAAAGUCACUUCAUGAGUCUUUAAAUGGAACAAGAUAGUUUUUUGUACACACGUUUCUAUAGGCUUUAAAUAGAUCUUUUUUAUAGAAGAGCUUUUUAUUUUAAACAGUUUUCAUUGUUGUCUUCUCACUAGGACUAUAUAAUGUAUGAGUAUAUUGUUGUAACGGGAUUAAUCCUCAUACAGUCAGCAGUGUUCUGAAUGUUCAAUGCUGCUAACGUCCAGCGAAUGUCUGAAAGACAAAAUAUACAUAUAUAAAACUUUUGGGAGCUUCAGGUUUCCCCAGUACAUGUUACCCCUAGUUGAGGUCUUCAGUUUCUACUUAAAAGCUGAGUAGGAGAUUGGCAUCAAACAUUCUUUGUAUUUUAGUUUUUUUUUUAUUUCACAGAUAACUAAUAUUUCUCUCUGAGCUCUUCUUAGCUUCCACAAUAAACCCUGGCUCUGUUUUCAUAAUACAUCCUGAAACUACUGAUCCUAAAACAAAAUCUCUGCAAUUUUGAGCUGAAAUUACAUUAAAUUUCACAAGAUUUCAGCCAAUCAGACAAAGAUAAAGCCUAUUUUCAUCUCCAUCUCCAUACCACAUUGUCAGGUUAUUAUCAUUUACAUAUUAAAUGCAUACAAAACAAAACAGUGAUUAAUGGAUGAAUUUAAAAUGUGUAUAGCUCCCAGCUCUGUGGAUGAUUAUGUCAAACACUUAACAUCACAAACAGUCUAAUAUAUGGGCCAAAUUUGUUUUUAAAAAUAUAUUUUGUAAAAGAUUGUCAAACUUCUUUCAUUCCUGUCUUAAUAUAUACUGUAUAUGGCAGCUCUUUGUGAUUACAACUCAUGGAAAAAAAUGUUUAUUUACCUUAUUAUUAGCAUUAGCACUUAUUUAAAAGCAGUCUUCUUCACAGCAUAGUUCAUCUGUUGUUACAGCCCAAUAAAAAAUAAAGCUGUAACCCUGUAUUUUAUAACUAUGUACAAUCUUAACAUUAUCAUUUCUUUUUUUUGUCCUGUUUCUUCAGUUUAAAGUGAAAUCAUAAUGAAUGUUCAUCGAAAGGAAUUACACUGGGAAAAACAUCUAAAAAGACAAACCUCUAUGAAUGUAAACUUGGCUGUGAAACUAAAUUAUUCAUAAAAAAGACAACCAGUUCAAUUACCUGAACAAUAACUGACAGUUGUGAGAUUGUUUCCCCUUGCUUUGUUUGUUCCACACAUUUCCAAAAAAUAUCAUUCAGUUUUGGACAGUAGUUUUUCUACUCCGACAAUAAGACUUUAAGUGUCUCGCGCUGUAAAACUGCAUGUAAGAAGCAGUCUGUGAAUUGUUUGUUGAUUAGAAUGUGUCUUGCUGCUUCUGCUGCUGUUUUUAGACAUUUCUGAUGCUUGUGUACAAAGCUGUUCUUUAUGUCAAUAAACGAUGAAACCUGCCAGGGGCAAGAUCUGAUGUCGACUGCACAUGAGACAUCAGCUCUUCUCUACGGUAAUAUCAGAAAUCCUACCGUGAUCAUUCAUACUCGUG